AUGGACGAGCCAGCAUUGGACCGCGAUGGCCCGGAGACAGCGGUCAGACAAAUCCGCGAACGAAUCCAGGUAGAGGUUCGGGCGCGCAACGAAGACCAACAACAAAAAAACGCGCAAGCAAGGCAGCAAGCUCGAUUGGCCUCUUUCGUGGAGCUGGAGGGCGCUAAAGAUGCAGCUGCCGCAGCACUGGCCCCAACGCCUGCAAGCCCAAGAGCCGAGGGCACCCCCCCCGCGGAAACACAGCCGCAGCAGGCGCCGCCACCCGGUGCGGACACUGCUAUGCCGCGCGUUGCGCUGGGGUCGUCCACAGGGGACGCCAAUAGAAACCCGACGACGAACAAGGGCCUCGGUCAGUCUCGGCAAGUUGCAUCUGCAGCGACGCCCGGUGGAGAAACAUCAAGUGCCGGCGCCCGCAGCACAGUGUCAGAUGAAGCGCAGUCGCAAAUAGGAAGAGAAAUCCAGGCAGAUGGCAUGGCGCCGCCGGCUCUCCGUGACCGUGCUUCUACAUCUACAGCAGCGCAGCAAACGUUUCCGGGGGAACAAUCGGUAAAGCGGUCCGCGUCGGCGUCGGCGUCAGGGUCAGCUGUUUUUUCAGAAUACUCGAAAAACGCGAGAAGCCGUGACAGUCGCGCCACUGCAGUGACUAAACCAACAGCGCCAUUGGCGACGAGCGCCGCACCGUCUUCCGUGGCGAAAGACGCUUCUUCAGCCACACGAGGGACAUCAUCUACUGCGAAGCUCGGUGCCGAAGCUGCAACGGUGUCUGGUGGAGGAGGGGAUGUGGCGCACGAUGAAGAGCAGAAGCCGAACACGGCCGCAGCCUCCUACAAACACGAUUCUGUCUCCAUUUCUUCACUCAGUUCUUCCUCAGCCUCAGCCGGCAAACAGAUGUUGCGCACGGAAGGACCGGUAAGUGAAGGCCACUCGAACUCCAAUCUACUACCGGCCGCCGCGAAUUCAAACGGGCACGCAGGCGGCAAUGUUUUCACUGGUGGGAUUCUGAUGCGAGUUGUUGGGAGCUUCGAACAGGUACAGAAGCAGAACAACUGCAAUGGUUGCACCAUCUGCCUCUGCGGAUAAUAAAUAUAAGUACUUUUUCAUUGAUUUCCAUCUCCAUGCUGCAUACGACUGUGCCUAGCGCUAGCCUUGGUUUUUUGGAGGUGUUAAAUUGCUUCUCAUCUCACUUUGCCUGUUCCGUAACAAUUCCUUCCUGUUGGGAAGAAGGAAACAACGCUGCACGCACCAUGCAGGAAAAACUACACCAACUGACACUCGCCACCAGGUAAUCCUUCACGCCACCGACUUCGUUUUUGCACACCCGGCCUCCUCAUUUCUCUUUGUUGUCACCCUGUUGCUGAUUCUCCUCAUCCUGUUUUCCGUGGUGAAGCGCAAGAACCUCACCGGAACAUGUGCUCCACCGAAAGGGAAAAAAAAGGUAGAACUACUCAGUGAGCACGUUAUUGCUGCGAAAGAAUGAUCUGACUCUGGAAGCUCUACUAUAGCUUAACAACAAAACGUAAAUGUCCGUAGCUAUGAUAAAUAAGGUACCACUGCACGCAUCGGGCGGGCGCAGUCUUUCCCGUGGCCAGGAGCGGCAAACCCCCACGACGUCCUCCGGUGUCGAGAAGAAUGGCAGCAAAACCAGCAGUGGACAAAGCAAGGAUCUGGAACAAGGGCCGAGUUUUGGAUCCGAUUCGGAGCGCAGCAACAGCAAGUCGUCGGUUUCCUCGGGUUAUGCACGGAAAAAAAUAUCGUAAUUCUAGAUGGAGGAUCUAUAAAGAUAAAAGCAAGAUUAGCAACAUUAGCACUACAGCAAACGCCUAAUUUCUAUUCACCUUGGUGGGGACGAUGACGAAGCAAUAACGGAGUUUGUUACCCUGAUCAUGCUCGUGCUCGAAGAAUAGCAAUCGGGGAAAGAAAGAAAAGCACUCUGCAAUAAAGCCGUAAUCUUGCAGUGAGACGACUCUACGAUACUUUUGCACAGAAUACGGACGAUCAGGAACAGGAUCAUGAGGAUGAAGAAACUUUUUACAACGGACGAGCGCGCUAUCGACUGCAAGUAGUGUCGCUGAGUCGCAUCAACUGUUGCUGCUGCUUGUGUUUGCAUACAAGCUCUACAAGAUUUUGCUUAGGGUCAUCGAUGCCUGUAUCGGUCUUGCGCAACUAAGGCCAGCCUUGCUUGUGUGGACAUCAAAAAGGAGCCGGUAAUUUGGGUUUGCAAGACGUGCAUUACCGUCAACUACAUGAUAGAGAUAGUGAUAGACUUUUCUAUGACUCACUUCCUUUGUGCUUGUGCACGAGCAGGAGCACGACGAGAAGAUGACGGGUUCGGAAUUACAUUAUUUGCAGUUGAUAAAAAUGGCCAAGGGGAUAAACCCUGUGCCAUUGAUGCCGCG